CCCAAAUCAACAUUCGCGAGACUGCGUCUGAAGGAUGUCCUUGCUGGCAGCUCCACCUGUAGCGGAGACCGCUCUGGUGGUGUCCAGUGGCGCCCCCCCACAGAAAGAGGAGCUUCCAGUAGACCUCAUGCAGGUCCCAUCCAUCCCGCUUCAAAAGACGUUGCUGUUACUGACCAACUUUUGCACUAACACCGUCCGCUUCAUCAACCACUUCUCCAGUCUCUGCGAAGAACGACUGGCGACUACGUCCAAGAAUCUCACGCGACUUGAGAUCUCCCUCGCUAUCUUGGAGGCCAAGCUCAAUAGUAUUCCCGAUCUCCCUUCCACCGUCACACCAGCAGUCGACCUUCCUGCGGACCUCAACCUGCCUCCAACAGAUGCAGCUCCAGCGCCACCUCCGCCUCCUCCACCGGGCCCGGCACCAGACACCACGUCCUCUUCCGUCGGCCCGCCGCCGCCCCCACCACCGCCGACGUCGUCCGACUCGCCGCCGCCUCCUCCACCUGCCGCCGAAGUGGCGCUGCUGAAGCUCAAAGACGACCCCAUGUUUACCACGUAUUUCACCAUGCAGCGCUUGGGCAUGCCACAUCUGGCCAUUCGCCAAAAGAUGAUUAUGGACGGAAUGGACCCAGCAGUGUUGAGUAUGGACCCCGAAGGGCCUUCACCUUCUGCCACGAGUUUGGUGCUGGCGGCACCCCCUUCCGACCCAACCAGCGAUAAUUCGACUGCGCUGGCCUUGGUGGCACCUCCGCCGUUCCUUCCUUCAACUACUCCGGAGCUUGAUCUUCCCCCGCUGUCGUCAUCCCCGCCACCGCCGCCGCCGCCGCCUCCUUCCUCGGGGCUGCCACCUCUUCCCGUCGAAGGGGGUAUCGGCCUGCCGCCCCCUCCACCAAGCGCCCCAGCUGCAGAACCGGCGCCUCUAGCCCCUUCACCCUCCUUUCUAAAACUCAAAGACGAUCCCAUGUUUGAAAAGUACUUCAAAAUGCUAAAACUUGGCAUGCCAGAAGGGGUCGUUCGCCACAAACUCGCCAUGGACGGCAUCACACUCGAUAUCCUCAGCAUGGACCCAGAAAGUCCGUCUCCCAAUGGUGGUACCGCCGCUCCUGUCGCCGCCGCUGACGACGACGACGACGACUUUUAGUUACUAGUCUGUCGACAAGUUAUGAUCAACUAGUAGUACUAGAUGAUUGCUUCGAUAGACCCACGACGACGCUACUGCUGUAUGAACGAAGUGAUAAUUCAAAUAAUGUUGUUCCUUAAUAAUAUUAGCCGUG